UGUACAUUUAAUUAUUUUACAGCGAUGCUAUUUCUUACAAGAUACAGAAUCACGAAAUACACGAUACAGUGCAAUACGGUUAUCACUAGUAUUAUUUUAAUUAGGUGUUUGGUGGAAAACACGGUGGUGUCGCUGUUAUUCUUGUUUUUUGUGGAUUUAGUCUUCGUGGUAACAGGCAUUUCCCAUUAUAACACAAAUUAUCACCAUGACAUGUCAUGUCAUGAAUGAAAAAUGGCAGACAAUUGUGUUAUCAAUAAGUUGAGGCCUAAACCUAUCAAUAGUAUACAACCACCAAUAAUAACGUUGGUUGUUUUCCCACUCAUGUAGUGCAGUUAAGUCACACACCUCUCAUUGCUUCCAAAGCUUAAAAUAUCUCCUAUCUUGGUCCUCUUCCAACUGAGUCCAAAGAAAGCAAAUUAGAAUUGAAAAAGCAUGAGAAAAUAUUCACUAAAUAAUAGAGCUUACAUCAUUAAUAUUACUUGAGCAUGGCCGACAUUGGAAUUUCAUUAGCUUUAUCAGCCGCCAACGUCGCAAACGGUCUAUCCAAAAUCCUGAUUGAAGAGUAUGCAGUGUUGGGUGGUGGGACAAUUAGGCACGUAGAAUGGAUUGAAAGAGAGCUGAGGUCAAUGCAGGGAUUGUUGGAACAGGCCGGGCAGCGUGCGUACGGAGAACAAGAACAAGAGUUUAAUGAGUGGGAAGAGAAGUUGAAGGAAGUUGCUGGUGAUGCAGAGGAUGUGAUAGAAACGUUUGUGAUCAAAUCGGUGAAAAGGAGGAGAUGGGGAGUUCUGUAUUGGAUUGACAAACACAAGGUUGGGAAAGAGUUGCAGAAGAUCCGCAGGAGGAUGAGAGACAUCUCUCAGACUGGAAUGAACUUGAACACAAAUGUCGUCAGUGUCUCUGUUGAAACUCCAGGAAGAGAAGCACCGUCAUCAACAACUACCUCAGUUGUGGCCCCGGCAAUGGAGAAGCUUGAUCACAUUCUGAGUCAAACUACUAUAGUUACGGGUGAUGAGGUGGUCGAGAUGGUGGAACAAGUAAAAGGCGAACUUGUUGAGCUGCAAAAUAUUGUGUAUAGUUUGCGGUCAGCAAGUGAAAGAGAAUAUGUGUGGUUGGAAGAGGUGAAGGAACUUUGCAAUUAUACUGAAAGUGUUGCAGGUAAUUUCAUCCUUGUCAAGGAAAGACGGUCUAAAAUGGGUAUGCUUAAGAAGCUCCUUUAUCUUUCAGCCGAUUAUGCUUCUGAAAAUGAAUUUAAAAAACAGAUGAAGUAUAUUGGGACUCGAAUUGGAGAUGCAGUUCACAUAAGUUUGACUUACGAAGUUGGUGGACAGUUAGACAUGGGAGUGGGAUUCAAAAAAACAUCCCCUGUACCAGACUUGUCAAUAGAGAGCUGGAUAAUUCUCCACAUCCUAUUCCUUUUUGUUUGCCCUGUUAUUGUUCUUUCCAAAUUCUCAGAACCAUCCUUGUUUUUAUUGUUAGUAAUCAUCUCUCCCGCUUACAAAAUUGUUCAUGAUCGAGGAAGAAAAACAUCUAAAUCCAGUAUGGUGAAGAAGAAGAAGAAGAAGAAGAAGAAAUGGAUGGGAAAGAUAAGACGGUUUCUGCGCUUCUUUUUUUCCACUGUUAUUUAUAUCAUAAUUUUCAUCCUGUUUCAGUCUUACCCUGUCAUGGGAACGUUCCUUUUCAUCUUGAGUUUUUCACUUACUGAAGUUAUUGCGUGGAGUAUAAACAAGAAUAAGAGAUGGAAGAGAAGGGAAAUAAUAAGGCGGUUUACGCGCUUCUUGUUUUCCACUGUAAUUUAUUUACCGAUAUUUUUCUUGUUUAAGUUUUACCCGGUCCUGGCAAUGAUCCUUUUCAUCUUGGGUUAUUCACUUAAUAAAUUUAUUGCGCGGAGUCUGAAGAAGAAGAAAUGGAAGGUGAGGGAAAAAAUAAGACAGUCUCCGCAACUUUUUUUUACCACUGUAAGUUAUACAGCGAUUUCCAGCCUGAUUCUGUUUCACCCUGUCCUGGGAGUGUUCCUUUUCAUAUUGAGUAAUUUACUUUAUGAAGUUAUUGUAUGGACUGUGAAUUUAUGGAGGUCUACAGCCAAUAAUUUGAAGUGUACGGAAAGAUAUUUAGCUGUAAUGCGUGUGUUUUUGAAUGAUACAGCCGAAAGUGCGGAAGGCCUAAAUACAAGGCAGAGAGCCUGGGUGGAUCAACUGAGAGUCGUGUCUCAAAAUGGUGAAUUUUUUAUUGAUGGAGAUGCAAAAGGCAAGGGUGGUUGUUUGAGCAGAAUUAAGUUUGCCAAGGAUAUCAACUGUUUGUUGAAAGAGAUUCUUGAUAUAUCAGAUAGGAAGGCCAUUUAUUGCAUUGCAAAUGUUCAAAGAAAUCAACAAGACCUUGUACCUUUAUUGGGCAUACAAGAAAGAGAUAUUGAUAAUGAAAUCAUUGUUGAACACGCAGAAAAUUCUAGUGCCAUGCCAGCAGCAGCCGCCUCCUCCUCCUCCUCGUAUCGGCCUGUCAUGGGGCUCAAAGAGAAAGUCCAAUCAAUCAGAAGGGAAAAGGAAUUGAUGGAUGCGCUGCUUCUGGAUGCACAAGAGAUGGGAGAAUUGGAGGGAAGAUCCAGAAUCUGGGUGGAGCAACUGAGAGAUAUUUCCCUUGAAGCUCAAUCUGUCAUUAACAAAUAUGAUGCCAAACUGAAGCAUAAGCCAAAUGUCAUCUACAUUUUUAAGUACUGGACCCGAUGUGUUCUUAAUAAGAAGGUAGAUGGUAUCAAAAACAAAAUUGAAGAAGCUUCUAGGAGAAGAAAAGCAUAUCGUUUGGUGCAAAUUCAAAGCCGAGCCGUAUCCAUGUUUCAAAUAUUACGUGCAAGGAAGCAACUGCCUUUCGUUGCCAAUGACUCCAGUGUGGUUGGAUUUCACGAUGACAGACAAGCUCUGAUGGCUGAGUUACUGUCAGACGAGAAACGUCGCUGCAUUACUUGGAUUGUUGGAAUCGAAGGCACGGGUAAGACAGCACUAGCAAAGUUGAUAUUUGAAGAUAACACUGUUGUAGAUCAUUUUCAGCAUCGCGUAUGGGUGUCACUGCCUUCAAAUUGUACGACAAACCAGUUUGUUGCAGAAAUUGGCAAGGAAGCCGCCGAACAAAUUACUGUAGAAGAAGAAGUCUUGUCAACUGAUUACGUACUCACAACCUUGGCGCAUACAAAGUACCUCGUAAUUGUUGAUGGCAUAAAAGAAACUUCUCAAGUAUACUUGGAUACCUUGAACAGGGCCAUACCCGAUAGGUCAACGGGAAGCAGAGUUCUUUUUACAACUCGCAAUGCAAAUGUAUCCCAACAUGCAGCAGGUACGAUCUUUGUUCACCCACUGCAGUUACUAGAUGAUGAAACUAGUUGGCUGUUGUUCACAAGACAUUUGAAGGUGGACAUUCACCCCGAGUCAGAAACAGAACUUAUCAAGGUUGGAAAAGAAAUUGUAAUGAAAUGUGGGGGGCUGCCAUCACAAAUAUUGAAAAUGAGUGAUUUUCUUUCGCAUAAAGAUGUUACACAUGAGGAGUGGUCAAGAGUAUUGCGGGGUGAGCAGCUCAAUGAAUAUCAAAUACAAAGUUGGUCUGGAAUGCUCGACACAAUUAAUAAUAACUUACCUUCUUAUCUGAGAAGAUGUCUAUUUUACUUUGUGAUAUUCCCUGCUGAAUUUGGGAUCCCUGUCAGAAGGUUGGUUGUUUUGUGGGUUGCCGAGAGUCUGGUUCAUCAGACAGAAGAUGACGAAAUGCCGCCAGAGCUAGUUGCAGAAAGGUACUUGACAGAGUUGAUAGAUCGGAACAUGGUCCAAGUUUCCAAGAGAAAGCGCAAUGGAAAGGUGAAAACAUGUCGUCUCCCUAGUGCUUUGCGACAACUCUGGUUGACAAAGGCUAAUGAGUCUAGAUUUCUACAUGGCCGUCAAUCUUCCACGGAUUCGAAUGAAGAUCCAAAGAAGUCCAUUAUUCGCCGGGUUGCAGAUCAUCUUGAUAAAGAUGAUAUCUGGAAUGAUCAUAUUCAUGGCGACAUUACUGAUUCAACUUCCCUUAAAACCUACUACAAGGACGUUCUCUCCUUUCUUUCCUUUGAUACUCAAGAGGGGAGUAAACCUGGGCAUCAAGUAGGUAGCUUUCUCAAGGGAUGUAUUUCAAGUGAUUGCUUCUUGCUCCUUCGUGUGCUUGAUCUUGAACGCGUUUACAAGCCUAAGUUGCCUAAUCGCAUAGCAAGACUUUCACGGCUAAGGUAUCUUGGCUUGAGAUGGACUUACUUAGAGUCACUUCCAUCAUCUAUAAGCAAGUUGUUGAAGCUACAGACUCUUGAUCUCAAACAUACUUAUAUUCAUACUCUACCUAGCUCAAUAUGGAAGAUGGAACUCAGACACUUGUUCUUGAGCGAGACUUUCCGAAGCAGAUUUCCACCUCAACCAAAAGGUAAUUCUCUAUCUGACCUCCAAACUUUGUGGGGACUGUUUGUAGAUGAGAAGACUCCAGUGAAGGAUGGCUUGGACAGAUUGGUCAAUAUCACAAAAUUGGGAUUAGCAUGCCAAUCAAUGUCACUAAACCAAGAGGCAAUGAUAGCUCAACUUGACACGGUAGCAGACUGGAUUACGAAACUAGAACACCUUCAAUCGUUGAGACUGAAAUCAAGAGAUGAAGAAGGUCGACCUUGGAAUUUACACUUGAAGUCCUUGGAAAAUAACAUAAAUCUCACAGACAUGUAUUUGCUGGGAAGAUUGAGCAGUUCAUCUAUUCUGUCUCAAUUCCCUCUGAGCCUCGUUGAACUUACCCUAUCACAUUCGGAACUAGAGGAUGAUCCCAUGAUACUUUUGAAAGAUUUUCCACAUCUUCGAACACUGUGUUUACUCGCAGAGUCAUACGUGGGCACAACUGUGGUUUGCGAAUCUCAAAGCUUUCCUCAGCUUCAUGUCUUAAAAUUUUGGAAGCUGCAGCAUUUGGAGGAAAUUAAGAUAGAUCCAGGAGCACUCCCAUGUCUAAGACAACUGGAAAUCAGAUCGUGUCCAAACAUGCAAAUGCUUCCUGAUGGACUAAAGCAUGUCAACACUCUGCUUGAAUUGAAGUUAACAAACAUGCCAAUGAAAAUCAAUGUUGAGGCGCAUAACAUCCCAACCAAUUGUCAAGUCGUCCAAACUAAAUUUCAGUAGAAUAAUAUAUUUCCAUCAUUGCACAGCAUGUGAGCUGUGGUCAUAUAUCUACUGUGGAUUGGUCUGAAGGAAGCCUCAAUUGGAUUCAACAAACUUCGUCAACUUAAUUGCUUAUAGUGCAAAUGAAACUACUAUUCACAUGUUGCUGUGGAACAAUAAAGGAUGGUUUUGAGUUUGGUUCUUUGUUUGAAGUGUGUGUGAAUUGUAAAUUUUGUUUAUGGACUUAUAAUUUGUAUUUUGACAUUGUGUUGUGGAAUCAUAAUAUUGUGUUGUGUGUGAAGAAUAUUUGUAUUUGAAAAAGUUAUUUUCCUAGACUGUUAUUAUUAAUGGAGCUGUUGUCCUGA